CUGAGUAGUUGAUGACUACACAUUCAAUAUACAUAAUCUGUAAUCCGUUCUAUUUAUACUACCACCCAUCGCACAUUCGACUAUAAUAUUCAUUAUAAUUUAUUCUGUUUUUGUUUUAAAAUAUAAAUUCCAAACGCCAAUCGGUUCACUGUCGGUGUGACUGGCUGGCGGCUGCUGGUCUUGGUGUUGUGCGGUUGCAGCCCUAAAUUCUCUGGUUCCGAAUUCCAGACAUCGUCAUUCGUCUGCUAAAUAUCACACAUCACAAUAAUAUAUUAUCAUGUCGUACGCUUCACGUUUCGGCACGAUGACGCUAAACGCGGCUGACUAACGACUCGCCACUGUAUAUAAAUUAUUUUGUUUGUUUUCGUCCAACGGCGACGAGCAAAUUAUUAUCAACGCCCAGCGGCAAAGAGUGAUGACGACCGUCCCGAAAAUCAAAUAACAAAACAUAAAUUAACAUAUUUUAGGAAAAUAAUCCAUCGUGUAGACUGUCGAGUGUCGGCUUGUGCCGUGUGUUUGGGUGCGCGCUAGCUUAACUGUGAAUCAUGGUGGAAGACAAAAUCCUUUACACUUUCCGGGGGUGGUUGGCAUUUGUGGCUUUCAUGGACCUCGGCGUAACGUUUCGAUCGUUUUUUGAAAACAAAUGUAUCAUUGGAACGCAGACCAAUUUACAGGCAGAUGAACACUUUAUACACGAGGAAUUAACUUUACCAAGAGUGCUGGGUAUGUUUUCACUUCUUAAAGCUCUAUGUUUGAUACAUUGCUCAUUAUUUAUUCACUAUAAACCAAUGGUCAGCAUUGGUGCUAUGUCUAUGGUCUUAUCCAUUGUUUUGUAUCUCAGUGAAGCAAUUCAUUACCGUUCAACUACUUUAAAUUUUUUUAUUGUUUUUCCAAGUAUUUUAAAUGGUUUAACACUGAUUGGUUUAUACUUAAUUGUACGCAAGAUUAAUAAGCCACCAUCUGAAUGUGUCGAAGAAAAUGUUGAAAUGUUAAUGAGUAAACUCAAAUAUCAAAAAAAUAAGAAAUAUAUUUGUAAAAAAAAAUAAGUAUGACUAUGAUAAUAUAGAAUACAAGAAGAACCAUUCAA